AUGGCAAAGCCACACGCUACUCUGAUUUUCUCUCGGCAUGGAGAGUCCCAAUGGAACGUGGACAACAGGUUCACCGGAUGGGUAGACGUCGACCUGUCCGCAAAGGGCCUUGGCGAAGCCAAAAGCGCCGGCAGCUUGCUGAAGUCGGAGGGCAUUAAGGUGGACAUGGCCUUCACUUCGUACUUGAAACGUGCCAUCAAGACAUGUGAUCUGGCGCUGGAAAAUGCUGAUCAGUUGUUUGUUCCCGUAGAAAAGAGCUGGCGACUCAACGAGCGCAUGUAUGGCGGCCUCACGGGCUUGGAUAAGAAGGAGACGGUGAAGAAGCACGGCGCCGAUCAGGUCCAAGUCUGGCGGCGCAGCUUCGACGUGCCGCCGCCACCAAUUGACGACGACAGCGAGUUCAACCCCGCAAAGGAGAAGAAGUAUGCCGCUCUGAACAAGGCAGACAUCCCCAAAACAGAGUGCCUCAAGGACACGAUUGCUCGGGUGAUGCCGUUCUGGGAGUCGGCGAUUGCGCCAGAGCUGAAGAAGGGCAAAACCAUUUUCGUUGCUGCCCACGGAAAUUCUAUCCGGGCAAUCCUCAAGUUCUUGGAGGGUAUCUCCGAUGACGACAUCACAGGCCUUGAAAUCCCCACUGGACGCCCGCUCAUGUACACCUUGGAUUCGGACUUGAAGCCAAUUGCAAGCGCCGAUGCAAUCGCACCCCUCAAGUUCGGCAAAUACUUGGGUAAUCUUGAUGAGAUCAAAGCGGCGGCUGAAGCUGUCAAAAAUCAGACGAAAGUGGCGGCGCCAGCAGGCGCUGCUGCUCCCGACUCGAAGACGAUCAUGGCUGUCAAAGCCCGAGAAAUCUUCGAUUCGCGGGGCAACCCCACCGUUGAAGUGGACCUCUGCACUGGAACUGCCUUGUUCCGUGCAGCCGUCCCCAGUGGAGCUUCGACUGGAAUCUACGAAGCCUUGGAGCUUCGAGACGGUGACAAGGGUCGUUUAUUGGGAAAGGGUGUUCUGAAGGCCGUCGCAAAUGUUAACGAUAUUCUCGCUCCCAAGCUCUUGGGCAUGGACGUCACCGACCAAACCAAGAUCGACAAGCUGAUGGUCGAAGAGAUCGAUGGAUCGAAGAACGAGUGGGGAUGGAGCAAGUCCAAAGUUGGCGCAAACGCAAUUCUAGCUGUGUCCAUGGCUGUGUGUCGCGCUGGUGCAGCUGCUAGCGGCAUGCCUCUCUAUCAGUACAUUGCCAAGAUAUCAGGCAAGAGCACCGACAAGUUCGUAAUGCCAGUGCCAUCCUUCAACGUCAUCAACGGCGGCAGCCAUGCUGGAAAUCGACUGGCGUGUCAAGAAUUCAUGAUCCUGCCUGUGGGUGCUUCCACUUUCAAAGAGGCGAUGGUGAUUGGUGCUGAAGUGUAUCACAAUUUGAAGAGCGUUAUCAAGAAAAAGUAUGGGCAGGAUGCCUGCAACGUUGGUGACGAAGGUGGCUUUGCACCGAAUGUGCAAGACAACAACGAGGCCCUGGAUGUGUUGAUGGAGGCAAUCGAGAAGUCUGGCCACAGCGCGAAGGUCAAGAUUGGCACCGACGUGGCAGCGUCUGAAUUCUACAGCGCCGAGGGCAAGACCUAUGACUUGGACUUCAAAAACCCCAGCAGCCCACCCGAGAUGAAGAAGACUGCGCCACAGCUGGCUGAUUACUACAAGGCAUGGCUCGACAAGUACCCUUUCGUCUCCAUCGAGGAUCCGUUCGACCAAGAUGACUGGGACGCCUACAAGCACUUCAUGUCGGAGGUCGGGCCGCGGGUACAGAUCGUCGGGGACGACCUCCUCGUGACGAACCCAACUCGCGUCAAGAAGGCCCUGGAAGUCGGGGCUUGCAACGCCCUCCUCCUCAAGGUUAACCAGAUUGGAUCCAUCACCGAAGCUAUCGAGGCUGCUACCAUGUCUCAGAACGCUGGUUGGGGCGUCAUGGUGUCGCAUCGGUCUGGCGAGACUGAGGACUCCUUCAUCGCAGACCUCGUCGUAGGUCUCCGAACUGGACAGAUCAAGACUGGCGCACCAUGCCGAUCCGAGCGCCUGUCCAAGUACAAUCAGCUCUUGCGCAUCGAAGAGGAGCUCGGUGGGCUGGCAACGUAUGCCGGCGUUGACUUCAGGUCGCCCAAGUGA